ACUUCAAAACAAUUCCAUCUAUGGCCGCCUUAACUCGCUCUAUUCUCUUCGUCUUCUUCCUCGUUCUCAGCAAACCAACACCUUCUUCUUCAAUUCCUCUUCCCUUUUAUAACUUCCAAACCCUUCUCUCCCUCUCUCACUCACUCCUAGACCGUGUUGCCAACCACCGCGCCGCCCGCGGCGAUGCUCUGGGUUCGGCUCGGGCACGGUCCCUUGCCCGAAGCAUUGAGCGAGGGCUUGGCCUGGGGUUCUGGAAACUCAUGUGGAAUCUCGGAUGGGACUACGCUCGAAACUACGCUUGGAGAGAUGCGAUGUCGUUCGAGAUGCUUGGCACCGUCUCGGACUUGAACGAGUUGCUCACAGCAUUGGGAGAGUUUAGUCGGGUUGGAUCUGAUGUGGAGAGUCGGGUUGCGUGGGUGAGUCGAAAUUACAGAAAUGUCUUUAAGGUUGCUACCAAUCUUUCUGGUAAACUGCUCAAGGUGUUUCGUCAGUCUGGUCCAUUGAAAGAAGUGAUGGAGACUGUCCAAAAGGAAUUGGUAGAUGGAGACUUGUUGAAGGACUGCUUGGAGUUGGGAGGCAACGAUUUAAAGGGGUUGAUCCAAGUGUUGAAGGAUAUUGCUGUCCAGUUCACUUCCACUUCUACCCGAACAGACUUGUAAUUUCUUGCACACUAUACGUACCCUUGUAUGUAAUACUAAUCCACUUCUAAUGUUUUGCUUGAAUUCCCACCUUAAAUUUUACGCCAUUUGUUUGUUUCAACUGUUUGAGCAUUUUCUUAUGUUAGUU